AUGGAUCAUCUUGUUUGGACUUAUAACUCUGAGUACUGUAAUAAAAAUGGAAUAAGGGCUGGAAAAAACGAUUCUGAAGCCCAUAAGGGUUGCCUGAAAAUUUCAUCUAUACGAUACCACGAAAGAGAUGAUGAAGUUAAAAGCCACAUCAGACAUGAAUUGAAUGGAAUAGGAGUAAGUAUCAAAGGAUUACAAAGCCUAAAGCAACAUACUAAAGAAAGAGCCAAUAAUAUGAAAAUGGUAAAGUGUAAGGAUAUUGAUAACAGCUCACCUUUUGUAACAAUAAUGCAGUAA